AUGGCCACAUUAUCAAAGACAAUAGACUUCAUCGAACCCAUAAUCACCAAGUGGAAAUUCGAAAGACCAUUAGUCAUCAGCAUAUCAGGUCCUCAAGGUUCGGGGAAAUCAUACCUUUCAUUAAAACUUCUUCAAUACUUAACAAGAACUUAUCCAAAAUUAAAAUCAAUAACCAUAUCAACAGAUGAUUUAUAUUUAAAACAUAGAGAUCAGAAAUUAUUAACGGAGGAACACCCGGGUACAAAAUUAUUAAAUGGGAGAGGAUUACCAGGGACUCAUGAUGUUGAAUUGGGGUAUAAAUUAAUUUCCAAGAUUGUGAAUAAAGAGUUUGGGUUCAAGAUACCAACUUAUAAUAAAGCUGCGUUUAAUGGGGAAGGUGAUCGGAAUGAUGAAUCUUUAUGGCUAGAUAUUGAAAAACCUGUGGAUAUUUUGAUUAUUGAAGGUUGGUUUAAUGGUUUUUUACCAUAUGAAAAUUCUGAUGAAAUUGAAACAAAAUAUGAAGAAUCAACUUUAUUGAAAAAUUUCCCAAUUGAUGAUAUCCAUGAAAUUAAUUCAUUUUUGGAUCAAUAUGUUAAGAUAUGGGAAUUCUUUGAUGUUGAUAUCUUUUUCGAUACUGAUGAUAUUAAUAAUGUUUAUGAAUGGAGACUUCAACAAGAACAUGAAUUGAUUAAAUUACGUGGAACUGGUAUGACUGACGAACAAGUUAGAGCGUUCAUUACAAGAUAUAUGGUUGUUUAUGAGUUAUAUUAUAGAGAUUUCACAGAAAGAGGUACCCCUGCUACACCAGAUGGCCAAAAUUUUAGAAUUAAAUUAGAUCGUAAUAGAGGAAUUGAAAAAACUGAAAUUUUUUAA